AUGGUCCAUCGACAGUUUGGAAAGAUGGUGAAACAACUUCGUAGUGAUAAUGGAACAGAAUUUCUCUGUUUGUCCAAGUACUUUACCGAGAAUGGUAUGCUCCAUCAGACGUCUUGUGUAGCAACGCCGCAACCAAACGGUAGAGUAGAGCGGAAACAUAGACAUGAAGCAGAGCAGCUUGUACCAGAGAAGAGCUUAGCCAUUCCAACUGGCCCAAUCACUCGUUCACGAACUAAGGCACUAAACCAAGCAAUUGGCAAAGUCCCUAGAGCCUUGAACCAACAAGAACACAAGCCAACCACUUUGGUUUGUUUGAAAGCCUUACACUUGGGAUAA